AUGGUGGCUCUCUUUAGCAUUAUAAGCGCAAAGUUCCUCCUUGGUGUCCUGCAGUCCCGUGACACCAGAAGGAGAACUUCCGGAGGCAACAUGACGUCACUGAGGAGGAUCCAUGCAUGGCGACCCCCCCUCACCCACAGCUGGGACCUUAGAAGAGCAGCACCAACAGCUCGCUGCAGACUGGUUCACACCCCCAGCCCCGGGCAGCCGCCCCGGUCCACAUUAGCGCCCCCCCCCCGGUCCAGGGUCCUGGCGCUCUCUGCAUGCAGGUGGAAGAACACAGGUGACUUCAGCAGUGGUCCGCACGAGGAGGAAGAUGAUGAUGAUGACAUUGAUGACAGCGAGGUGGAGCAGCUGUUCCAGCUGCAGGAUCCUGCAGGCCUCGGAGGGGGUCAGCAGAGGGUGUUCAUCGUUCACCCGGACGUCAAGUGGGGGAGCAGGAAACAGCACCUCACAACUGCUGAGCUGAUGAUGGCCGAGGCUGUGGGGCUUGUGAACACUUUGGACAACUGGACAGUUGUGGACAAGAUCAUCCUGUCCACCAAGACACCAGAGAAAAAGAGGAUAUUUGGCAAAGGCAACUUCCAGUCUCUGACAGAGAAAAUCCGGCAGACAGCAGGGAUCAGCGCCGUGUUUGUGAAUGUGGAGCGUCUGUCUCCUUUGUCUGAGAGGGAGCUUGAGGAGGCCUGGGGGGUUAAAGUCUUCGACAGAUACUCAGUGGUGCUCCACAUCUUCCGUUGCAACGCCAGGACGAAAGAGGCCAAGUUACAGAUCUCUCUGGCAGAGGUCCCCCUGUUACGAUCUCGUCUGAAAAAUGAAAUGGCUAACUUGGAUCAGCAGGGCGGGGGGUCGAGAUACAUCGGAGGUUCAGGUGAGACUCUGAUCGAGGUGCAGCAGAGACUGCUGAAGGAGCGGGAGAUGAAGAUUCGCUCAGCGCUGGAAAAGCUGCGGAGGAAGAGGCACCUGCUGCGAUCGCAGCGGAAACACAAGGAGUUCCCCGUGGUCUCUGUGUUAGGAUACACAAACUGUGGAAAAACGACCCUGAUCAAAGCCCUGACUGGCGACCGUGGACUUCAGCCCAGAAACCAGCUGUUUGCCACGCUGGAUGUCACCGUCCAUGCCGGCCUGUUGCCCAGUCACAUGACUGUUCUGUACGUGGACACCAUCGGCUUCCUGUCCCAGCUGCCCCACCAGCUCAUCGACUCCUUCUCUGCCACGCUGGAAGACAUUAAACACUCUGACCUGUUGGUCCACGUCAGAGACAUCAGCCAUCCAGAGACGGUGAAUCAGAAGGUAAACGUACUGAGUGUACUGAAGAACAUGCAGAUACCCGACCGGCUGAUGAGCUCCAUGAUAGAAGUCCACAAUAAAAUUGAUCUCAUUGACAACUAUCGGUGUCCAGAGCCCAACACGCUGGCCAUAUCUGCCUUGGGGGGGCGAGGCAUGGAGGAGCUGAGGAAAGCAGUGGAAGCAGAGAUCGUGACCUCGACAGGAAAACUCAUUUUAGAGCUCACAGUUGACCUCGGCACUCCUCAGUUAAGUUGGCUGUACAAGGAAGCCACCGUUCAGGACGUGCAGGUGAAUGCAGAUGAAGGCUCGGCGGUCGUCAAGGUGAUCAUCAGCGCCGCGGCCUACGGACGCUACAGGAAAGUGUUCCCAGGGCCGGAGUAGAGGAGAGAGUCUGGCAUCCUGCAUGACAGCAGCUCCACGGACGUUACUGCUCUAUGUGGACUGCAAACUUCUCUUAAAGAAAGAAUAAGACUGUAUUGUACGGUAUAUUUAAAUAUUUGACUACCAUUUCAUUAAAGAAUGUUCUUGUGAAACAUAUUUGUUGAAGGAGCUCAGUCUGAGAAUUACUGAGGUAUUUAACCCAGGGCGACCAUGCUGUGUGCUUUUCAAGAACUGUUGGAACAUGUUACAGCAAGAAUAACAAUUUAUUUGGUUUACCAUGCAGCAUGAAAAUGUCCAUUCUUUCAGUUUUCAGCAUUAAAUCCAUAAACAAUAAGACAGCAUUUUGAGCAAAGGUUUUGGCGCCAGCGUGCUCCAGCAUCACAGCGUUCAGCGUCACAGCGCUUCAGAGGUCAAACACCAC